AUGAAAGGUCUUCGCUGUACUUUGGCUGUGCUGCUCUGGGCCGUCGUCUUCGCGGUGCCCGGGGCCACGCAGAGCUUGACGGACGUAUUAUCGUCAACACCGCCGUGCGCCUCUGGAAACUGCGACAUCACGGACGUACCGAGCCUGCCAAGCUGCGCGUGCACGAACACGACUCUCCAGGCGGCAAUCUCGGCCUGUGUGCAGAAGUCAUGCGCCCUGCUCGAACAAGCGCAGGCCGCGACUGUGACCAGCGCUUUCUGCGCUGAUUUCCCUAAAGAGUCGAGGAGGGGCGAGGUCAGAGCCACGGCUAUUGCCUGUCUGGCACUGACUCUGGUUAUCGUGCUUCUGCGAUGUGUUUCGAGGUUCACCGUCUCGAGUCGACUCUGGUGGGAUGACUGGACGACUCUGGCCGCUACUGUCUUCCUAGGCGGCACAACAGGCAUAAAUAUAGCAGUGGCCGACUUUGGCUUCGGUCUUCAUUAUUGGGACGUCGACCCGACGAAAGGCGCAACAAUUCUACAGAUGUUCUGGACGGCGCAAAUGUUCUACAUCCUCGUCCAGGUUACAGCCAAAGCCUCGAUCCUCAUCCUCUUCUGGCGCAUCUUCACGGCACGCUGGUUCCGCAUCACCGUCUGGGGCGGUGGCAUCUUCCUCGUCACACACGGUCUGCUGUUCCUGCUCCUCAUCGUGUUCCAGUGUCUUCCCGUGCGAGCCAUCUGGGAUAAGUCCCUGGAUGCCAAAUGUCUCAACAUCACGGCCGUCGGGUUGGCCGGCGCCGCUUUCAGCAUCUUUGAGGACAUUGCCAUCCUGCUCAUGCCCAUACCAGAGGUGCGUAAGCUGCAGCUCACGUUGAAGAAGAGGGUUGCCGUCUGCCUCAUGUUUGGCAUCGGUUCCUUUGCCUGUGUUACGAGUAUGGUCCGCCUCAAGUACAUGGUCUCCUUCGCCAACUCAUCGGAUCCCACAUGGGAGAACGUGGACAUUGUCAUAUGGUCCAUAAUCGAGGUAACGUGCGCCAUCAUAUGCGGCAGCCUGCCGACUCUGCGACCCCUGCUGCAGAAGGUGCCCGGCCUGCUCAGCUCGGGCCGCACAUCGAGUUCCCUUUACGGCGGUGGUGCCUUCAGCAACACCGCGGCCACAAACGAAAGGGGCUCCCAGCGCCGCUCCGCCCACCCCGUGCCCGGGGACUUCAACAAGCUGCCGGAUGACCACUGGGGUCCGCCGGGCCGUUCUACGGCAGCGGCGGACUACGCGCCCAAAAGGGCGGCGCAUGUUGGAGUAUCACGGGACUCGGUAAGCUUGGAUGAGUUUGAGAUGGCAGUCAUAGCCAGAGAAAAGUCUGGUGUUUAG